CCUAAAUCAAGGUGCCGGGAAGCUCCUCAGUCCUCACACAUGUCAUCUCCAUCACUUACCGCACCAUAGCUGCAGUUUUCCAUUGGGAUCAUAAUUGAGAUCAAGUCCUUCUAUAUAAAUUGACGUUAUUUUUGAGAAACAUAUGGUUUUGAUCGGUGAGGGCCCUACGGAUCAGAGGUUGCCUCCCGGAUUUAGAUUCCACCCGACUGACGAGGAGUUGGUUCUGUACUACCUGAAGAGAAAGGUCUGCCGCCGACGGCUUCUUCUUGAUGUCAUCGGCGAGACUGACGUCUACAAAUGGGAUCCGGAGGACCUUCCUGCCCCAGGGACAGAAAGCAUCCAAACAGUAGCAGAACAAAUAGAGCCACUGAGCAUGGCUACUGGAAAGUGACAGGGAAGGACCGCACUAUCACCUGUAAUUCCCGUGAUGUUGGCAUUAAGAAAACGCUAGUUUUUUAUAAAGGCCGUGCACCUAAAGGUGAAAGAACAGAUUGGGUGAUGCAUGAGUAUACCCUGGAUGAAGAGGAGUUGAGAAGAUGCCAAUCCUCACAGGAUUACUAUGUACUGUACAAGGUAUUUAAAAAGAGCGGUCCUGGUCCAAAAAUCGGUGAAGAAUAUGGUGCACCGUUUAAGGAGGAGGACUGGGCUGAUGAUGAAUGCUUGCAAGCUGUAACUAUUCACGUUGAACAGGAUAAGUCUCCCGAAAAGGUUAAUGAUGAUGGGCUGCCCGUGGUAGACGAACUUGAAGAACUCCUUAAUCGUUUAGCUGGUGAGCCUCCACUAACGGAAUUGAAUUAUUUAACAGAGAACACCUCAAGUGAUAUGACACAUUCAGGUGCCCUCAAGACGCUCCUACCUGAGGUCACAGUUGGUCCAGUUACCAAUGAAGGGGGGAAGGCUCAAGUAGUGGAAGAGGUUUUUCUUGAAGAUUCCUUGGAGGUGAAUGAUCUUGAUGGUCUAAGGCCCACAGGUGUCCAGAGCAUGGCAAUUCAACCAUUUGUUUCCUUGGACGGAUAUAACGAACUCGACAUUUACCAAGAUGCAUGUAUGUUUCUUCAUGAUAUGGGGGCUACUGGAAAGGACCGGGUUAGUGGACGAAGUGUGUUUCAUGUGACUAAUGACAUUACUAGCUCACACUUCACCAAUUCUGGUGAUUUUCAUCCAAUGGAGAUUAAUCCACAAUUGCAUAUAAAUGCUGGUAAUAAUUUCAACAACCAGCCGUGGAGUCAUGAACUAAGUUGUGGGAUGAUCAACUCCAUUGAAGUAAAGCAGUGCACCAUCCUCCCAAUGACAUCAGGUGUGGUAUAUGGUACUCAUUUGGAAAGUCAUCCUGUGAGUGCAAAUUUGACCCAGAAUACUACUACUACUACACAGGGUGAUACUACUACUACUACUACACAGGAUGAUGCUUCAAAGCACUCCAGCUUCUCAUCUGCUCUAUGGGCAUUUAUGGAAUCUAUACCAACCACUCAUGCUUCAGCUGCAGAAAGUGAUCCGGCGAGCAAGGCCUUCGAGCUAGGGCCUAGCUUCCAAAGACUCGGACUGAAUGCCAUUAAUAUUGCUGCAGCAGUUAGCAAUGCAUCGGCAGUUUCAGAAAGAUGCUGCGCUGUCAGUUGCAAUAAUGGAUUUUGUAGGUUAUUUUGCUUUUCUUUACUUGGAGUGUGCUGUGCGAUCCUAUGGAUGAUAUUUGUAGCAGCCUCAUAGUCCAUGGGGAUGAUAUUGGAUUAUUGGUCAAAGUACAUAUUUCAUAUGAAGUGUCCUUGAUAUUUUAGAGAGUUGGUGUAUCAACUAUCAACUGUAUCAAAGUGUUAUGCUAAUGAGUCAAGCUGUCAAAGUGUAAUCAUACAUAUAAUUAAUAAUAAUUAAGAGAAAAUUGCCUUUGGUAAGACUAAAACAUACAUUUCUUCCCAAAUAGGAGUAUAUGUUUGGUUUCCCCUAAAUAAGAUUGUUCAUUCCAUUUCUACCCCUAAUUAAAAAUUAAUUAAUUAACCUAAUUAAUUGCCCCUGGAUCCCUUGCAUAACCAAGGCAGUUUCUUGGUGGCGGAGCAGUUGCGGCGGCGGCAGAAAAUUCCGGCGGUGUGGCAGCGGUGUAGCCAGAUUUUUGGGCAGCUCAUCAGGAAUUUGUUGGAAAAUUUUUCAGGCUUUGUAGGCUUAUUAGCAAACUUUUCACCAAACAAAUAACUUUUAAUUUCGUGCGCUAAAUUGUGUAAUAAUAAGAAACAGUAAGAUUAAAGUUACUUUCUUGUAGGGAUGGACUCGGGUCCGGGUCGGGCCUAGGCCCAGGCGGGCCGGCGGGUCAGAAAUGGUGGACCCGGGACCGGCCCGGGUAACCACCGGGUCCGGUCCGGGUCUGGGCCGGGCCGGGCCGGGCCCAUUAUAUUUUUUUUGUUUUCCUCUCCAAAUUAACCCCCCUCCCACCCCCAACCCCCCAAAUCACC